UUCGUAGUAGCAAAAUUCCUUCUCUUCUCACUCUCCCUGCCAAUUCAAUUCUCUCACUAUGUUCUUCUCGGCCAAAAUCCCGACCAUUUCGUUGAAAUCCCCCGCCCUCCAAUGAGAUAUGGGUUUCCUUCGGCGAAUUUUCGGCGGCAAAAAGCCGGCCUCUCCAUCCGAAGGCUCCCACAAGUCCGGCUCUGAACCGGUCAAGAGUAAACGGAGAUGGAGAUUCAUCAAACGCAGCAAAGACAAAUCCCAAAGUGCUACUUCUGAUCUCAAUAACACCGACCUUUCCACUUCUUCGCUGCCAUACGGUGAUUCCUUGAACGCUAAUAAACAUGCCAUUGCAGUGGCUGCGGCGACGGCGGCCGUGGCGGAGGCCGCUCUUGCCGCCGCUCAUGCAGCGGCGGAGGUGGUUAGACUCACGAAUGGCGGUGGCGGUCCUAGCACAAGCCAGCACCGGUGGCCGGAAGACGUCGCCGCCGUUAAGAUACAGUCGGCGUUUCGUGGUUACUUGGCAAAGAGAGCUCUGAGAGCACUAAAAGCAUUGGUGAAGUUGCAAGCGUUGGUAAGAGGUCACAUCGUAAGAAAGCAAACAGCAGAUAUGCUGAGGCGCAUGCAAACUUUGGUGAGGCUGCAGUCCCGUGCACGUGCAGGUCGCGUGCAGUUGUCCCAUAUUCUCCAUUCUGCCAAGUCUCCACUCUCUCAUCACCCUGUUUCUGAACAUUAUGGAACCUCACUUAGAGCCAAUAGUACUAAAUUUGAAGGAUCUCCUCUUCUGAAGAGAUGCAGUUCCAAUGCAAAUUUCAGGGACAUUGGCUCGGGGAGAUCAAGGUUUGUAUCGCAAUGGUACGACAAUUGGAUGGAAGAAAAUGUGUGGAACCAUCCCAGAGGAGAUGAUGAGAAGAGUGAUAAAAUUCUCGAAGUUGAUACUUGGAAGCCCCGCUUGAACUCCCAGAACGAGAAUCCUUUGGCAUAUGAGUCUCCGUCAAAGCGUUCAACAAGCAGUGUAAACCAAGGUCUCUUCAGUUCCCUCAAGUUUCAUCAGAAGAGAAAAGAAGAGAAAGCUUCAAGAACAGCAGAGAUGAACAGCAAAGAACUCUCAGCCCAUUCAUAUCAGAACAGUCCAGAGUCAUUUUCUGCUUCAAGAAGAAGAACGGGUCCUUUCACCCCCACAAGGAGUGAGUGUGGCUACUUUGGUCACCCAAACUAUAUGGCCAACACCGAGUCAUCUCGAGCCAAGUCUAGAUCAGUGAGUGCGCCGAGGCAAAGGCUUUGGGAUUCUGGAAAUAAUUCUGAUAGGCUUGCUGAUUUCAAAAGCCAAUGUUCUACAUCUUCAAGCCGCUUCAACAGAGUCUUGAGUAGCCAUCUAAGGUGACACAAUAAAUUUAACCACUCUCAAGGAGGCAUCAAAUUUUAUUCCUGAUAAAUGGUGUUUAUGUACCUGAAAUUUGGAUCUUCAACAUUUUCUUCUUUUAACUUUUUUGUCAAUUUCAGAGAGAGACAGACAUAUAAAAUGUAUGAAACCCAUUGAGCUCUGUACAUUAUAUGUCUAUCUCUCUCUAAAACCUACAAAGAAUAGAAAUAAGGAAAUGGAGAAGAUCCGACCAAGAUUUUAGCAUAAUUAGCAUGUUAAGGUGAGAGAAGUGUGCCUAACUUGUUUUAAUUUGUACGUAUGUGUUUAGUUUUGUCUAUCUCUAUAUUAUAAAUUGUCUUUUUGUUUCUUUUCCUUCUUUUUUUUUGUGGUUUGGGGUGGAAAUGGAAGAAGGUUUGGGAAUGUAAUUAUUUGACCUGCAUCGGUAUAGUUUAUUAAGAAAGUUGAGAGGGUUGAUGAUAUAAAUGUAUUGGUUCCUACUUUCUGAAUUUAGUUUGGUUUGUAUUUAUGUCGAUUGUUUCCAAUAAUCCGAUGGACAUUUAUAUGAUUUUCUGAAA